AUGAUCUUUAAAGACGAGGAGGACACAGGAGCGGACCGCCUCAUGACGCAGCAGAUUAAAGGAAGCCAGGGCCAGUUCCCCAUCACGCAGAACGUCACCGUGGUGGAGGGCACCUCGGCCAACAUGACCUGCAGAGUGGAGUUCAAUGACAACACCUCCCUCCAGUGGUCGAACCCGGCACAGCAGACGCUCUUCUUCGGGGACAAGAAAGCUCUUCGGGAUAACCGGAUCGAGCUGGUGCGGGCGUCGUCUCAGGAGCUGACCAUCAGGAUCAGUGACGUGAGCCUGGCAGACGAGGGCCUCUACACCUGCUCCCUGUUCACCAUGCCCGUGAAGACCACCAAGGCCUACCUCACCGUGCUAGGGGUGCCACGGCGACCGGAGAUCACGGGCUUCACCAGACCCGCUCUGGAGGGGGAGCUGGUCACACUCACCUGCACCACAUGGGGGAGCAAACCCGCCGCCAACAUCCGCUGGUUCCGCAACGACAAGGAGGUUCAAGGCUCCAAAGAGGUGAACGCCACAGGGAGGUCGUUCACGGUGAGGAGCAGCCUGCAGUUCCAGGUGGACCGGCGAGAUGAUUCUGUGGCCUACACCUGCAGCGUGGAGCAUGUGUCCCUGUCCAACCCGUACAUGACCACGGAGGUUCUGGAGGUCCACUAUGCGCCGCAGUUGGAGAUCAGAAACUCGCUGAUAAUUCCACAGGAAGGACAGUACUUCAAACUGGAGUGUGUGAACAGAGGGAACCCCAUCCCAGAGCCAAUCUUGUGGUCCAAAGACGGCGGAGACCUUCCGGACGUCGAUCGGAUGAUCGUGGAGGGCACAGAGCUCACCUUCACUACGCUUAACAAGACGGACAACGGCACGUACCGCUGUGAGGCCAGCAAUGACCUGGGCAGUGCCCGCGCAGAGUACAUCCUCUUUGUAUACGCCAAAGACUUCCCAGGGCCCAGCUCAGAUCCUAACGCUUUAGGACAACACGGACCUGACCACGCGCUAAUCGGAGGAGUUGUAGCUGUCGUGGUCUUUAUCACCUUGUGUUUGAUAAUCGUUCUGGGGCGAUAUCUAGCCAGACAUAAAGGGACGUAUCUAACGCACGAGGCCAAAGGGGCGGAGGACGCUCCAGACGCAGACACAGCCAUCAUCAACGCCGAGGGCAACCACGUCCACGCAGAGGAGAAGAAAGAGUACUUCAUUUAG